AUGCGCGUAGUACCGCGUCUCAGGCAGCCCCUGCUGGCUGCCGCCUCAUCAGCACCCCAAUGCGCCUGCGCCGCCCCCGCGACGCUCCCCAUCUCAGCAGCCCGCCGAGCCCUCUCGACGACAUCGACCCUCCAGAGCAACGAGCGCGUUCGCAAGCUUAUAUGGAAGGACGGCGACGCCCCCGGCCCCGAGGACCCCUACAGCCCCGAGGCUUCGCAAAAGCUGAGGCAGGAGCAGCUUGAGCGUGACCUCGCUGAGGCGGAGGCGGAGCUCGCGGACUAUGCAAAGGACGCUCAGGAAGCCGGCACCGGUCGUGAGCUGCGACACCGUCCGUUCAGCAGACUCAAGACGAAGAACAAGCGCACGUGGGCGCCGACGGAGAAGGAGGUUGAGGACCAGGGCUACGUUCCCGCCAAGACCAUUGACGAUCUCGAGGAGGUUGGCGGCGUUACUGGGUGGUGGGACCAGGAGGGUAACUGGGGCAAGGAGAGCGAGUAUGUCGGCUUUUCCGCCAGAAGCUUGUCGCAAAAGGUUACCGAUAAGAACGUCUGCGAGGCAUUGGUAAGGCAGGCCGUUGUUGAGACGGUCGCCGUUGCGAGCCUGGGCACGAAGGGGUUGAAGGGGUUGAAGGGCAAGUGGGCCAAGGGCGACCGCACUGCGUUUGAUAAUGCCGUUGCCUUGGGUGUUAAGAUCAACGCGGACGGAAGCGUCGCGGUUGGCGGCGACGGUGAGGCUGUGAAGAGGGUUACUAAGAAGCUGCUGCGCCCUCAGACUAAGAAGGACGCUGGUGUUGUGGAGGAGAUUCUCUCCGCCGAGGAGGCCAAGGAGCUUGUCGAGUCUUUUGGUACAGAGUGGAAGAAUAUUUCCCUCCAGGAUCCCCUCUUCAAGUUUGCCCUCCACAAGCGCGUCUUCCAAUUGACUGGCCAAUAUGUCCACGACGCCAAGCUCGCCCAGAUCGAAACCGUUCAGCACCUUAUCUCCACCAUCGUCAAGCCUCCCAAGCCGGCAAAGGUUUCCGAGGCGAUCCGCGAGGCAGGCCUCUUGCCCGAGCUGCCCAACGUCCGGGUUCACGACCGCCGCGUUACGCCGAUCGAUAAGGAGACCAUGCUGGGUAGAUGGAAGGUCAUCAAGGAGGAGCUUGAGAAGAGGAACUUGCCGGUCACUGGCCACGAGCACCUCCCCAAGCCGGUGCAAAGGAAAUGGAUUCAGGGACGGGCAUAA